UUAAGUUAGAGUAGAUGACGCUUUACUGUUGAACAAUGGCCGUUAGAGUUCCUCGUCAAAAUCUCGCUAGAAUCCUCGACCAACUGGCCAGUGGACUUCCUUACUCAGCUCAGAUGUAUGGAAUGGUGAGGAGUUUUAUUAGAGGGGUACCGAGUGGCCUGGAAUUGUGGGUAGAUUACAUCAGUGCCCCGCAAGUGUUUGUUGUCAGUGGAAGCCAAUCAAUUAGUAAGAACAUUUAUUGUAGUUCACUUGUGAAUGUUUUUUGCUGGAACCAUAAAAAUCUAAGUGACGUCAUACUUUCGCCCGGUGUUCUCGAUUUAAAAAGAAACUUAUUUUUCAGAGGCGUAAAUUCCAGAACCUUGCUUCACCUAGAGGGAAUAUUUAUCCCUGGAAGUUUCAAUGACGCAUAUCUUCCCGGAACAACUCGACUUUACUUCACCAAAAAUUCAACAGACAUUCUGGAUUUUGAUGUUCCUCAGGAUUUCUAUGUUGGUGGGAUCGAUGAGAACGUUACUAAAAGAAUUGAAGAGCUCUGGAAGUAUACGCCAAAAGGCAUCAGUCAGAUGAAGUUAGAUGAAUAUAGCUGGGGAUUUCCGGGAUUUGCCGUGUACCACAAAGCUUCAGGGAGACUAGCCGGAUGUGCCGUUCAGAACCUUGAUGGAAUUAUGGGACAUUUAUUUGUUGAGGAAGAGCAUCGUGGGAAAGGCGUGGCUAAGUUUUUAACAUCAAUUCUCGCCAGAACUUUGAUUAAACAGGACGGUUUUGUGGCUGCUGAGAUUGUGAAAGACAACGCCGUGUCGCACCGAGUGACAAGUUAUAUAGGGCUAAAACAGGUUCGGAAGGCCGAGUUUGAGUGCAGAAUGUUCCAUUACAAAGGAGUUAGUUAAUAAGAGUUCAGCUCUAGGCGUUUUCUCUCUAAUUUGUUAAAGCUUUGGAUUCAGACACAAAUGACACACCAUGCAUUUUUGUGAGUAAAAUGAGGAACUAAUGUUGAAAACAUAUUGAAAAGAAAUGCACAGAGCUUUCGGGAAUGAAUUGAAACGUACAUACUCAUUAUUUACCAUGUAUUUAAAAUCAAUAGAAACCAUAGUGGCUCAAUUUUUGUGGAUUUCAUGGUUCAUCAUUACAAUGAAUUUACAUCCUUAGCAAAUUUUAAAACCUAAUUAAAUAAAUUUUUUAAAGAAACGAGUAAAUCCACAAUGAGAUUCCCAUAAAUCUUUGGAAAACUAUAAAUUAAUGAAAUUUUACACAACAAUGUUCAAAGUUUCCAUUGUACCUAGACGUCAAGUCUUGGAAGUAUUACUUGUGCAAGUUGAAAUUAAAACAUUGAAUAUUUAUCGUCUAAAAUUGCAUAGAACUCUUAUCCUGAUUUGGCACCAUAAUUUUUCUGUACCUAUUGAAG